AUGCCUUCACUAAAAGCCUAUACGCCUUAUGAGACACUUGCAUUCUGCCAGUCUGUCGUCCACCAUGGCUCCGAUACCGCCGCUUUUGAGGGCAUCGCGACCGCCUUGAAUGCUAACCAGCUGAUUCGAGAGAGCGAAACAUAUGACCAGACCCGUUUGACGGCCACGGCGUUGCAAGGACUGUACCAUGAGCUUCUGGUCGAAGAGAGGAAUGCUCAGACACCCCCCAUGGUGAAUGGCGACAAUGGUUUGAAUGGUACAAAUCCCCGUAAGCGGAAGUUGUCCACCUCGCCCGCUCCACCUCCAGCUGCGACCGAAGACGACGGCGAUGAACCAAGAAUACUGCAAGCGCUGGUGGACAAGCUCUAUGCUCGCUUCAGAGAACAAGCCAUAAAAGAGAUUCGACAGGAGGAGGAAGACUACCUCACACUGCAGGCCGAAAUUGCGGAACUGGAGAAGGCUGAAGAGCACACCAAGAAGCAGCAGAUCGAUUCUGAUCAAGCAAAAACACCACGAGUCGGAUCGCCCAAGAUAGCCGCAGAGGUAACACCCAAGCCGCCAGCAGUCGACAGCAUCACGGACCCCACACUCAGAGUGCUGCCCACCGGCCUCGAGGCCCGUCGAAGCGAGCAGAUCAUCUCAGGUGGCAUAGCGACUUCAGCGGCCGAUGCAGAAGUGUCGCCCACAUCAGUUCGCAGCACUCUACACCGAGCUGGAACACCUGCUCGUUCUCCGGUUCCUACGAUCGCACCAAAAGUAUCCGCAGAAUCUGCCUCGAUAAGAUCGUCGCAACCAGCUCCAGCACAUCCUCCACACCAGUCUCCUGGAGCCUUUCAUCGUACUCUCCCGGUCCCUUCUCCUCAGCGCCCAAACUAUGGCGCCAUCAACCCUCAGCAUUUCCAGCCUGGUCCACAGGGUCAACCUGUACCGGUAUUACCGCAAUAUGCGGGAUCGCCUCAUAUGCCUCCACCUGGAGAAUUUCCUCCUCAGAAGCGUGGAAACUCAGCACCUGGUCAAGGAAGAGGCUCGCCUGUCCCAAUGCAGUCUCAACAACCCUAUCCAGGGUAUGCUGGGUAUUCUCAGCAACCUCCCUGGCCUCACCAUAUGCCUCCUCAAUACUCCCAGCCUCCGCCGUACGCCAACUCGCCAUAUUAUAUCCAAUCACCUACUGGGCGGCCUUCAAUACCAUAUCAAACUCCGCAUCAUCCGGGAUACGCCCCAUAUCCACAAAGCCCCGCGAUCCUCUACCACGGACAACCCAUACAUCCUCUAAUACGGCCGUCACCACAGUCUGGUCAGCCACAUCAUGGCUAUCCCGGUUCUGCGAAUGUGACACCAGUGCCUAGAAGUGGCUCGCAGCAGACAUCACAAAGAGGCAAAUCGUCCACGCCGUGGAAAAGGCGUUCUCAAAUUCCUUCUGAUGUACGGCCGCCUAGCCCGACCCGUCCAGAGCGCGAGGUUAGUCCUCUCACUGAUACGGAGUCACCAACUCGGGCCGGACAGGAGAACAAAUCUCCCAGAAAGCUGGACCACAAGGCUGAUGAAAGUGAUUUAUCUACACGAGAGAUGGUGCAGCCAGCUAGAGGUCGACAGGCGACGAGUCUGACACCCAGCGCAUUUGCCGGGUCACGGUCGCAAUCGCUCGCUUCUUUCACGUCGGAUACACCCACAGAUAGGCGCAAGAAGGGUGGACAGGCUCAAAAGAUCAAGGCUGAGCCACCAAGUACUCCUGUACCAAUGCCAUCGGAUACCGAACAGCCCGUUCAAAGACCAAACAAUCGGCGCGGAAGACCUCGAGCCACUCUUUCGACCUCCAAAAAUGAUCAUAUCCAAACUGCUGUCGGUACAAACAAACGCAAGCGAUCUCCAGGCGGCGAUUCUGCAACUCCUCCGCCUUCAAUCCCAACGCAGUUGCCAUCUCCCGCAAUCACGACAGCGCCACAGUUGCAACCUGAACCCGCUGUCGGUCGUCAACUCUCGGUUUCCUCGUCGUACGAUCCCUCACUCGUUUGUGUAUCUAAAAGUUUCGCAAAACCGGCCCAACUCUUGUUGAAUGACCUUGUCUCCCACAAACUCGCGAGCAUUUUCGCCAAGCCGCUUUCCGAGCGCGACGCGCCAGGAUAUAAAGAUCUUGUAUCAAGACCUCAGGAUCUGAAAAGCAUCAAGGCGGCGAUCACGAAAGGAGGCAAGGCGGCUCUGGCGGCGAUUGAGGCAUUUGAAGAGAGAGCCGAAAGCAAAAUCGCAGGGGCAAACGACGGUGGUAGGGAGCAGAUUUCGACGAACAAUGCGACGGCGCUCACGACAACAACUCCCACGACUGCCUUGGAUGGGAACACAACAGGGGGAGAAAGAGCGCUGGGAAAUGGGGUCUACGUCGUCCGAGCAACGGAAGACCUGGUCCCUCCCAAAGGAAUAGUGAACUCGGCACAGCUGGAGCUGGAGCUGGUACGGAUGUUCGCAAAUGCAGUCAUGUUCAACCCUUUGCCAAGCUCAGAACGAGGAUUCGGCCGCUUUCUGCGCCUCAGAAAACGGGGCGGAGAUGUUGCUCCCCACUUGAAGUCCCUGCAUGGGUAUCACGAUACAGGGGCAGUAGAGAGCGAGGAAUCGGAUGGAGGCAGUCCUGGCGAGGAGGUCGGCAUAAUCUCGGACACACGAGAGAUGUUCGAGGACGUUAUGACCAAGAUUAAGAGGUGGAAAGAGCUUGAGUUUGAAAGACUGGGCAACGUGGGCGCUGGGUUGAACACAGAGACGGAGCACGCGGUCGCGACGCCAACUCCGAGCACCCUGAAGUCAUCGCUCCAAGUGCCAGCUCAGGAGAGUACCAGUGGCAAUGACAGUGCGAAUGCGAGCGUCGUUAUCAGCGCUAACCCAAGCCUCCGGCAUUCGGAAAGUGUUGAGAAAGAGGAUGAAGGAACAACUCCGGGUACACCAGCAGCGACGGGAACGGGCACAGCGAGGAAAAGGAGGCGCAUCGCGGACGGUUAG